UCAGCUCAGUGCCGAGCGGCGGUGCCCCGAGCACAGUGAUCAGCUCGCCCUGACCGAGUCCGUGACCGUUCGCGUGUUGCCAUGAAGCAACACAGAUUCAAUAAAAUAAGCUCAUAUAAUGCUAAAAUUACCCAAAGGCCUUAAAAAGAAGAAAAAGGGUAAAAAGUCUAAGCGUAAAGGGGAGGAAGAACUUUUUACAGAAGAAGAAUUAGAAAAAUAUAGAAGAGAACAUCAACAGCAACAAACUGAAAGUGGAGAUACUGCCGUAAAAGAAAAUGAAGAGUGGUCGAAAUUCAAAGAUUUGACGACUGGAAUAGAUUCUGUGCUUAAGAAAACUCAAGGUGAUUUAGAUCGAAUCAAAUCUACUUCAUUUUUUCAACGCGUUCAACCUAAAGAGGAGGAGCCGCAAAUCAAAGAAGCUCCCACGAGGCCUGUCGUAGAAGUCACUGAGGCUGAUUUCCCUCAACUUUUACAAACUACAACUGAUGCUGAUGAAGAUAAAAGUGACUACGGAUUAACUGAUGAAGAGUCCGAGGAAGAGGAACAGGACGACAUCUUUGACACUUCUUACGUGGAAGCCGUUGAACGCGGCGAAGUAAAACUCGCAUACGUACCAGACUCCCCUGAAGAAUUUCAAGACGAUGGAUUGUUUGAUACAUCUCAUGUCGAAGCGUUAAUCAAAGGACAAGACAUUAAGAGUAAGGGGGACAAAAAGACCUUAGACAUUGGAGUCGCCGUUGAAGUUCUUACGGGUCGCAUUGAUAAUUUAACUGUUACAUCCAAAAAGCGCAAACGAAUAAUUCCUGGAGAUCUCUUAUUAGAGAGUGUUGACUCAGAAUUGCCAGUAGUUGCAAAAACUACCGAGAAUGAACCAAUAGAAUCAAGUAUAUUGGAUGCUGAUACUGACAUUCCUAUAACAACACCUAUCGAUCUGAGUGUAUCUCUCCAUACGUCGCUAUUACAACAAAAUAAAAGCAUCAGUAAAGAAAGUAUUUCAGACCCUGCCAGUGGCGACACAAAAAAAACAAAAACUGACGAAGAUGAGGAUGAUGAAUUUACAUUAUUAGCAACAGAAUCACUUGAAACAAAACCUCAAGUAAUAAAACUAGAAGAAAAAGAAAUUAAAGUCGAACCCGUCAUUAAAGAAUCCUGGUCUGCUUUUGAAGCCGACAAAAACGAGUCUGUUUUUGCGGAAGGCAUAGUUGAAGACCAAAUUGAAAUAUUAGAUCCGUAUUUAGACCAAGAUGAUCCUUUUGAUACUAGUUUCGCUGAUUCUGUGAUACCGACUACACAAUCAGUAAAAAUUGAAUCAAAACCAACCAUAUUAGAAGACGACGAAGACUUUGAUCCUCGUGCGGAAGAAGUUCGUGAAAAAUUAAAUAAUCGACGUAAAUCAUCUGUGAGAAUACAUUUAACAAAUCCUUUGGGCGUAAGAGAAUCAAUAACAUCGGAUGAUAUCAUUGAAACUGACGUAAAUAAAGUACCACGCGAUUUAUUAGGUGGUAGUAGUACUGAUUUAAGUCAGUUAGGGGAUUCGCCACUAGAUCCAUUGGAUGCAAACAAUUCUGAUAUAGAUCCGUUUGACACUACCAUUGUGGACAAAGUCGUAGCACCAGGAAGAGUUGAACUAAAAUUAUUGGAGCAAGAAUUGAUCGGUGCUACGCAAUCUGUUAUCUAUCGCGUGCCAAGUGAUCCGGAUUUCGAUCCACGAGCUGACGAGCCUAAACAACAGGAGCGAAGAGCAUCGCGACCAGAGAAUCUUACUGUUAGUAAAAGUGUUGUAUUUAAUGUUGAUGGUGUAGAAAGUACUAAUCUUGAUUCCAAAUCCAAGCCAAUUAAGCCUUUAACUCCAUAUUACACAAAAGAGCUUUCAAUAACCGAGGACAUAAGCGAGACUGGUGAGCUUAUUGACAAAGUCAGCGAACAAUUGAGUCGAACUCGCUCCGACGAAGAUUUGUCUAACAAUAUAAAAUACGUAACUAAAAGACGUCAUUCAGAAUAUCCUCAACUAAAAGGCACAAAAAAUAAUUUUGACGCAACUGAUCUUUUUAAUACUGGCAAUUUUGACAUACAAGCUAAAGUACUUCUGCCUUCAGGACUAAAGUUAGAAAAGGACAACGUUCAGGAAGUUGAAGAAGAUCCGUUUGAUACUUCCUUUGCGUCUGAUAUUAAACCGAGUAAAACAGAAUUAAAAUUAUUAGCCAAAGAAUUCGAUGUCGAAGAUUCUAAAGUUAUUUCUGAAUCUGAAGGAGAUCACGACUUUUUAGAGACAUCGGACGAUAUUUUCCAAGUUAAAGCUCUAACACCACAGCCUGUAGGUUUAACGCAAUCACAAGAGGACUUUGACCCUUUCGAUACUUCUUUUGCAACGGCUCUGAAUCCUGGAAAAACAGAGUUAAAUAUGAACGAGCCGUCGGCCCCGGCAACAGCUGAUGUACUUAAUCCUUUUAUGAUGGCCGACAUUGAAUCGUCAGCGUUAACAGGAGACAAUCCAUUUGUAGCUAGCAAUCCCUUUUCAGACUUUGGAGAAAAUUAUGAGCCACCUGUCGGUGAUACAGUUCCUGUUGAUAUUUUUGGAGGAGAAAGUCCAACAAACUUGGGCGCUAAAAACUUUGAAAAUAACCCAAUGGAUAUGUUUAUAGGUCAACAGUCGGACUCAGAAAAGUUUACAAAACCAACAGAAUUAGAUCUGGUCUCUACCAUAGUGGAUUCACCGAGUCCAACCGUAGGCGAAACGUGCAAUCGUGAGCCGCCUACACAUUCACUUCCUCCUGAAACACAAAACUUAAUUUUAAGUGUGACCGGUCAAAUGGAAUUUACCAGUUCUCACCUACUCGAUCGCAUUCCACCAACUCGAACACCCAGCCCGGUAUCGGUCCGAGAUAUUCAUUCUCCGAGCCCUACGCCUGAUCCGGAUUCCCAUGAGGAGGGAGCAACGAUUGAAAAUGUCGACGACAGCAAAAAUAAGCCAGCAAGGCCGCCACCGGCACGACCCCCGCGGCCAGCGCCGCCUAGCGUCGUGCCCCCACGACCUCAGGCACCGCCCUGCGCUGUGCCCCCACGACCUGAAGCGCCGCCCAGCGUCGGGGAACCGCGGCAAGUAAUGCCAUCGGAUGACAUAAACCUUUUUGAUGCACCUGUCCCCGUAGUCACAAAACCAACAAAGGAAGACAUUUUAAGUUUGUAUUCCGCCCCGAAAAAAGAAGAAAAACAAAUCGAUUUCUUAAGUGGUGAUUUAGAAGAUAUGCAUUCAGACUCGUGCACUGAAAUACAGCCUUCGAUGAAAAGUAUGAUUACAACAAUAAAUUCCAAUACGUCAAUGUUUCAACAUAACAUUGUGAGCACCGACAAUGUAAUGGAUGAAACUGCUAUUCCUAUGGAUUGCUCUGAACCCAUGGAUAUUUCACAAACAAAUACUUCACCUUUCAUGGAAGAUAUUGAUGAAAAGUUCCAAGAAUUGACGGAAUUAGAAAAAAAUCCAUUCGACACUGACGACCAAAUCGAUGACGAUUUGCCAAGCUUUGGCAAUGGUGUCUCUGAUAUAUUUUCAUCACAACCUGAAGACGCUUUUAUGUCAUCGAGUACAGAGGCUCAAGAAAAUCAAAACGAAGCGGUUGUACAAGCCCAACCCACUGAACAAUUUCCGGAAGCAGAACACAAAAUAUUUGUAGAAUCCCACGGAGGAACAGUGGUUAAUGAAGACAUCGCCUUUAAUACGGAUAGUAGUUACGGCGGGAACAAUACAGGUGUUCCGUCCACUUCUGACCUCGGCUGGGAUACAUCCGAAACCAUCGUACAGGAGUCUGGCCAACCAUCCGAGGAUGCGUUCGACGCGUUUUCCGCUAAAUUUGAGUCUGCAACCCCCAGCCACAUGCACACGGAUGCGUGGGGUGACAACGGCGGCGCGGAGGCGGCGCCGAGCGGGUUCGAGGCGGAGGCUUUCGACCCCUUCCUGAGUCUUCAGGCGCCGCCGCCCGCAGCUACGCCGUGCCUCGAUCGCCAGGGGUCACGAGACUCCGCCGAUGAUACGUUCACCGUAUUUAUUAGACCCAAAGACGACACGGCCGGAGCAGAGUCGGCGGUGCCCGUGCUGGCUCCGCCACCACGUCCGCACGCGCUGCCGGAGUCUCCGCGCACCAACCCAUUCGACAAGGGCGAAGCUGAACUACAGACCGGAAUCGACACGCAAUUUGAAGAUAGCCGUCGGCGUUCUGGUGGGGGCGGGGAGACGCCGCCCACGCCGCUGUUUGACGAGGACGUAUCGGCGCCGCUGGAGGACUUUCCGCGCACCACGUACACCGGCCCGGGCUGGGAGAUGCACCUCCGACAGCCCAAUAAGAAAAAAAUUACCGGCCAAAGGUUUUGGAAGAAGAUGUUCGUGAGGCUGGUAUAUGUGGGCGAGUCGCCGGCUGUGCAGUUGCUGGGCUCUGCGACGGACAAGGAGCCGCUGCAGGAGCUGCCGCUUCAGGCCUGCUACUCCGUAUCCGAUGUCGGCGCGCAGCAGUUCGACCAGUUCGGCAAGAUUUUCACGGUCAAGCUACAGUAUGUCUUCUACAAGGAACGCCCAGGCGUCAGGCCAGGGCAAGUGACGAAGGCAGAACGCAUCACCAGCAAACUGUCACAGUUCGCGGCGUACGCCAUGCAAGGCGACUACCAGGGCGUCAAAGAGUUUGGCAGUGACCUACGCAAGCUUGGCCUGCCCGUCGAGCACGCGCCGCAGGUGUCGCAGCUGUUCAAGCUGGGCUCGCUGAGCUACGAGGACGUGAAGCAGUUCUCGUGCUGCGUAGAGGAGGCGCUAUUUCGGCUGCCUGCGCACCGCGACCGCGCGCUCACCUACAAAAUGGAGGAGGUGCAACUGACUGCCGUGGACGAGCUGCACGUGGAGCAGGACGCGGAGGGCGGCGUGCUGAAGCAGAUAGCCCGCGUGCGGAUCUUUUUCCUUGGCUUCCUCAGUGGCAUGCCGGAUGUGGAGGUGGGGCUGAACGACCUGCGGCGGCAGGGGCGCGAGGUGGUGGGCCGUCACGACAUCAUCCCCGUCGCCACCGAGGAGUGGAUCCGCGUCGAGAACGCAGAGUUCCACGCCUGCGUGCAGCCGCAAGAGUUCGCCGAAUCACAGAUACUCAAGUUCAAGCCGCCCGACGCGUGCUACAUAGAGCUGAUGCGGUUCCGUGUGCGGCCGCCCAAGAACCGCGAGCUGCCGCUGCAGCUGAAGGCGGCCUGGUGCGUCGCCGGCAACAAGGUAGAGCUGCGCGCGGACGUACUGGUGCCGGGGUUCGCGUCACGCGCGCUGGGCCAGGUGCCAUGCGAGGACGUCGCCAUCCGCUUCCCGAUCCCCGAGUGCUGGAUAUAUCUGUUCCGUGUCGAGAAGCACUUCCGAUACGGCUCCGUGAAGUCUGCGCACCGACGCACCGGCAAGAUCAAAGGCAUCGAGCGCUUCCUGGGCGCCGUGGACACGCUCCAGGAGUCUCUGAUCGAGGUGACAUCGGGCCAGGCCAAAUACGAGCACCAGCACCGCGCCAUCGUGUGGCGCAUGCCACGCCUGCCCAAGGAGGGCCAAGGCGCGUACACGACGCACAACCUGGUGUGCCGCAUGGCGCUGACCUCGUACGACCAGGUGCCGCCGGAGCUGGCGCCGCACGCCUUCGUCGAGUUCACCAUGCCGGCGGCGCAGGUCAGCCACACCACCGUGCGCUCCGUCUCGCUGCAGAACCACGACGCCGACCCGCCCGAGAAGUACGUGCGCUACCUCGCGCGCCACGAGUACAUCGUGGGCAUCGAGAGGACGAGCGGGCAGGCGGCGCCGGCGUACGCGCUGGCCGCCGCCGCGCCGCCCACCGCAUCGCCCGCCGCCGCACCCGCGGUCCCCGAGCGCGCCCCUUCCUCCGACUCCGACUCCGACUGAGUACACUGAACAGAAAGAAAAUGUUGCGCACCGACCGAGCUACCACCUGCGCUAAAAGGCUACUGCUCUCCGCAACGCGCGUCCUCCGCACCGCGGACUGCCGCAGCGCGCGUCCUCCGCACCGCGGACUGCCGCAGCGCGCGUCCUCCGCACCGCGGACUGCCGCACCGCGUGGCCUCCGUACCGCGUUGCCUCUGCACCUGUUGCUGAGCAAUCCAUCGCCCGGUGCACGAGUGCGAAUUGCUAUAUAUAAGAAGAGAUUAUAUAAGAAUAAAAAACAUAAGCUUCGUAAGCUUAACAAGACAUGACAUAUUGUUUAUCGAAUAGAUUAAAAAGUAAUAAUUACAGCUAUUGAGAACGCUACCGCAAACGUGGCAUAUUACGUGUGGCGUGCGGUGUGCCAUGUGCUAUGUAGCACGUGACCGAGCUCGUAUCAAUGUAACGCAAUUGUUUCACUGUGAAGUUCAUAUUUUUGUACCCACAUUUCCUGUAGCUAAAGCAUUGUAUCGUAAUGAUUGUGAAUGGCAAUAAAAGUUAUUGUCUGACGGCGCGGUGUGGCCGCACAGCGUGGCCGCACGGCGUGGCCGCGUGGCGUCUUCAUAUUACGGAGACCACUAUUAAUAUAUUUUGAAAUAAUAAUAGUUGAAGAUUUUUGUCAAGUAGAAUAUAUGAUCGGACGGUAGAAGCGGCCGUCGGCGCUGGAGUGGUACGACCCGAUGCGGCCCGCCAUCGGUCGCGUCCUCCGACCACCACGGCUAUGUGUUGUAGUGUAGGGUCAUAGUAUUGUUAGCGACAAGCUCGUACAAUGUCAUACUGAUUGUAUGUAAUAUAGUAACUAUGUUAUAAUAAUUAUAAGUUUAGAAUAUUCUAGCAAGCGAAAAGUUUGUCUUGUCUAUUGUGUUAUUUUGUCAGUGUUCCAGAUCACAGUUCAAAGUUAGUUACGACGUGAAAUAUAUCUUUAUUUAGCAGAUAUUAGUGAAACUAUAAAUAUUCACAUAUGACUAUAAUGUAAAUGUAUAUACGUUACUGUUUUCCUAAGGUAUUGUAUGUGUUUAGUGAAAAAGACAACGCACCCCCUCCUCAUGCGCCGCUCCACUAAAGUCCAAAUGGGUACUGGACAGAUAUGAUGCUCUGCACGCAGUGGGAGCAGUGCGGAGGGAGGAGGAGCAUGUCACGUUGUCGAUCUUAAUCAUAUGUAAACUUAUAUAACUACUAUCAAAUCUACAUUCAUAUAUGAGCUCAAACUCCUAUUAUACGUAACAAAGUUUUCGGUCUUGCAGCAAAUAUUUAAAAUGUAGAGAUAUUAACAUAUUGGAGUCUUUAAAUUCUAUGAUAUUCAGUUAUAAUCCUAUAGGAUGCUAUGUAAAAAUUGAUAUGUUUCUAUAGUUUGUUGUUUCCCUGUCCGCGGGCCCCCCCCCCCCAUGGCCGGCUAUUGUUUUGUUGUCAAUAAACACAUGUA